AUGGAUCCCAGCAGUGACUACCAUUUCCUCAAUCAGAUUUUGUGGAGAAGGGUGAAACUCACGUUGGUUUGUGGCAUAUUUGAGGGAGUACUCCAGCAUGUGGACCCUAACAAGAUUGUUGUCCUGAAGAAAGUGAAGAAUUUGGAGACUGGUCGAAGUGUUCCAGGAGUGAAGAUGUUUUUUGGGCAUGAGAUUCUGAACGUGGAACUACUGGAUGAAGUAGAACAAGGUGUGAUGAGAGAAAAGGCAUCUUCUGUCAGUCUAAAUACAGAAAGAACCAGGAUGGGUAAAGGUGAAGACCUGAACAUACGUGAGCCUCUUUCUCCUGCCUCUGAGGCACUAACCACCUCUCUGCUGAGUGACCUGAAGUACAGCCCAUCAGAGGAAGAGGAGGUGACAUAUACAGUCAUUGAUCAAUUCCAGCAGAAGUUUGGUGCUGCAAUGCUCCACAUCAAGAAGCAGAGUGUCCUGAGUGUGGCAGCCGAAGGUGCUAAUGUGUGUCGUCAUGGGAAACUAUGUUGGCUUCAGGUGGCCACAAAUAGCCGAGUUUACUUAUUUGACAUUUUCCUUCUGGGAAGUCGUGCUUUCAACAAUGGACUUCAGAUGAUAUUAGAAGACAAGAGAAUUUUGAAGGUUAUCCAUGAUUGUCGUUGGCUUUCUGAUUGCCUCUCUCAUCAGUAUGGAAUUUUGCUGAAUAAUGUCUUUGACACACAGGUAGCAGAUGUCCUUCAAUUUUCCAUGGAAACAGGUGGCUUUCUUCCAAACUGCAUCAGUUCUUUACAGGAGAGUUUAAUCAGACACCUUAAGGUAGCCCCUAAAUAUCUCUCCUUUCUGGAAGAAAGACAAAAAUUGAUUCAGGAAAAUCCAGAAGUGUGGUUCACACGACCUCUUUCACCUUCCUUACUGAAAAUUUUGGCCCUGGAAUCUACCUACCUACUACCCCUUCGUUUGGUACUCCUGGAUGAGAUGAUGUCUGACCUAACCACACUUGUGGACGGGUACCUAAACACCUACCGGGAAGGGUCUGCAGAUCGCCUGGGAGGCACAGAGCCUACAUGUAUGGAGCUUCCAGAAGAACUGCUUCAACUCAAGGACUUCCAGAAGCAGCGCAGAGAGAGAGCUGCAAAAGAAUAUAGGGUGAACGCACGGGGCCUCCUAGUAAGGACAGUGCUACAUCCAAAGAAAUCAGUGACAGAGACCGCGGGGAAAGUAGGGGUUUCCUUACUUUGUAAAAACUCUAUGCUAGAUGAAACUCCAAGUUUUACAUCUCAUCAGGAUGUAAAUUUGCUGAAAGAAGAAUCUGAAAAUAAACAAACUCCGACAGAACCUCAACAUCUACCUUCCAUGAAGGAAGAAACCAGUGAGGAUUGUAACAACAAACUCAUUUGCUCUGAGUCAGAGAUACCCAGACAGCAGUUUCAGACAAAUUUAUCUUUGAAAGAGGAGAUAGAACAGUUACUGAUGGUGGAAAACAAGGAAGAUCUAAAAUGCACAAAACAAGAAGUUUCAGUGUCUCUUUCCCUUCCUCAGGAAACUGGAGUGUCUCCAAGUGACACCUUUCAUCCUCUUAGAAAAGCUGUGCUUCCCACACUUCCUCCCUGUCCAGCCUUGGAGAAAACGGAAUCUUGGAUAAAUCUCUCUCCAAAUUUAUCUUAG